AUGGCUGUCAAAACAAUGAAAUCAUCAACUCCUGGAGUCAAAAUAACAGAGUUCACAGAAAAUAUCCCACAAGGAUGCCACGUACCGGAUAUUGAACGCAGACCAAUCCCGCUGACCAUGCAGGAGGGUAAAAAUGCCAAUUUUAAAGCUGUGGUGCAAGGAAAUCCUGAGCCUACUGUCGUCUGGAGCUUUAAAGCUGAAGAUCUCAGUAACAGUGACAAAUAUAAGAUCUACUACGACAAGCUUACAUAUGAACAUAUUUUGCAGAUAAAACAACUGACGAUAGAUGAUGCUGGUUCCUAUAGGUGCAUUGUUUCUAAUGAAUAUGGAGAGGCCAAAUGUGUAGUAAAUCUUAAUAUUAUAGAAGUUGGCUACAAGAAGAAACUUAAAAGGCCUGGAGAAGUAGAAGAAAUAACUACAGACCCUGUAGAUUUUCGGAAGGUGUUGAAAAAGCGAGCUCCGUUACCUGAAAAGAGAGAACAAAAGAUUCCAGAUGAAAAGGUCUGGGAACUUCUAAUGCAAGCUGACAAGAAAGACUAUGAAAGGAUUUGCAUGGAGUAUGGUCUCACUGAUUUUCGAGGCAUGUUGAGAAGGCUGGAUCAGAUGAAAAAGGAAAGAAAGGAAAAGCAAGCAAAGUACGUGAAAGAAAUUUGUAACCUGAAACAAGUUGCUACAAAACCAGAUGGAUCAGCGACCUUUGGAUUUGACAUGGAACUCAAAACUCCAGAGCUAAGAAUUUAUCUAUAUAAGGAUGGAGAACUGAUCGAGCAUUCGCUGGAUCCGGGCCAAAAGCAUUAUCUCAAACAUGUAGGCAAAAGAUAUACCUUCUGUAUUAAAAAUCUCCAGCUUGAAGAUAUUGGACUGUACAAAGUAAGUGUUGAGGAUGCAGAGAUUUUUGCAACAGAAGUGGACAUCAGUCUUAUCCCUGUGGAGUUUAAACGGCGAUUACAAGAUGUCAGAUGCAAGGAGAGCAAAGAUGCCAUCUUUGUGAGCACCAUUUCAUUACCUCUCCCAGUAGAAUGGUCAUACAAAAAGAUGCCACUGGAAAACAGCAAUAAAUAUGGAAUUAAUUCCUCAGCAGAUGGUUUGACUCACCGCCUAAUUAUAAAGGAUGCACAUCCUGUGGACAAAGGAAUCUACACAAUUUCAGUAGGAUCUAGAACCUCUAGUGCAUACCUUACUGUGGAAAAAAGUAAAGAAACUGCCUCAUCACCUUUAAGAAGAAAAAAAAAGCAUCCUGAACAGAGCCAAGAGGACUCUUCAGAUAUUCAUUUGCAACAGCUGGAUGAUGCAAGCAAAGAUGAUUUAAGAGGCACAAGAAGUUCACUACAUGACAAAGAAUUAACAACUAAAGAGGGUCUGAAGGGAAAAAGUGAUGACUUAUCACAGGAUGACAGCAUUAACUUCGAUAGAAAAGGUUUUCUGAGUUCCUCAACAGAUAGAUUGGAUGGUGCGACCGAAAAUGGUCAUGGUGAUUAUGACAGAAUGGAAAAAGUCGACAGUGGUAGCUUAAAUAGUGUUGGAAAAAGUGGUUUUGCUGGAAUGGAUGGAAUGGGUAAAGAUGGUAUGGGGAGAUUAGGUGGAAUGGGAAAAGAUGGUGAGGUCAGGCUGGAUGAAAUGGGGAAAUAUGGCAUAGGCAGCAUGGAUGGAAUGGGAAGAGAUGGCAAAGGUGGAUUGGUUGGAAUGGGAAAAGAUGGAAAAGACCGAUUGGAUGGAAUGGGAAAAGAUGGCAUAGGCAGCAUGGAUGGAAUGGGAAGAGAUGGCAAAGGUGGGUUGGAUGGAAUGGGAAAAGAUGGCAAAGGUGGGUUGGAUGGAAUGGGAAGAGAUGGCAAAGGUGGGUUGGAUGGAAUGGGAAAAGAUGGCAAAGGUGGGUUGGAUGGAAUGGGAAGAGAUGGCAAAGGUGGGUUGGAUGGAAUGGGAAAAGAUGGCAAAGGUGGGUUGGAUGGAAUAGGAAGAGAUGGCAAAGGUGGGUUGGAUGGAAUAGGAAAAGACGGCAAAGGUGGGUUGGAUGGAAUGGGAAAAGAUGGCAAAGGUGGGUUGGAUGGAAUGGGAAGAGAUGGCAAAGGUGGGUUGGAUGGAAUGGGAAAAGAUGGCAAAGGUGGGUUGGAUGGAAUGGGAAAAGAUGGCAAAGGUGGGUUGGAUGGAAUGGGAAAAGAUGGCAAAGGCGGUUUGGAUGGAAUGGGAAAAGAUGGCAAAGGUGGGUUGGAUGGAAUGGGAAGAGAUGGCAAAGGUGGGUUGGAUGGAAUGGGAAAAGAUGGCAAAGGUGGGUUGGAUGGAAUGGGAAAAGAUGGCAAAGGUGGGUUGGAUGGAAUGGGAAAAGAUGGCAAAGGCGGUUUGGAUGGAAUGGGAAAAGAUGGCAAAGGUGGGUUGGAUGGAAUGGGAAAAGAUGGCAAAGGCAGUUUGGAUGGAAUGGGAAAAGAUGGCAUGGGCAGGAUGAGUGGAAUGGGAAGAGAUGACAAAGACGGAUUAGAUGGAAUGGGAAGAGGUGGCAAAGAUGGAUUGGAUGGAAUGGGAAGAGAUGGAAAAGGUGGAUUGGAUGGAAUGGGAAGAGAUGGAAAAGCCGGAUUGGAUGGAAUGGGAAAAGAUGGCAAAGAUGGAUUGGAUGGAAUGGGAAGAAGUGGCAAAGACGGAUUGGAUGGAAUGGGAAAAGAUGGAAAAGCCGGAUUGGAUGGAAUGGGAAAAGAUGGCAAAGAUGGAUUGGAUGGAAUGGGAAAAGAUGGCAAGGGCAGGAUAGGUGGAAUGGGAAAAGAUGGCAAAGAUGGAUUGGAUGGAAUGGGAAAAGAUGGCAAGGGCAGGAUAGGUGGAAUGGGAAAAGAUGGCAAAGAUGGAUUGGAUGGAAUGGGAAAAGAUGGCAAAGAUGGAUUGGAUGGAAUGGGAAAAGAUGGAAAAGCCGGAUUGGAUGGAAUGGGAAAAGAUGGCAAAGAUGGAUUGGAUGGAAUGGGAAAAGAUGGCAAGGGCAGGAUAGGUGGAAUGGAAAAAGAUGGCAAAGAUGGAUUGGAUGGAAUGGGAAAAGAUGGCAAAGAUGGAUUGGAUGGAAUAGGAAAAGAUGGUGAGGGCCAAAUGGGCAGAAUGGGAAAAGAUGGAAAGGGCAGGUUGGAAGGAAUGGGAAAGGGUGGUAGUGACAAAAUGUAUGGUAGUGGAAAAGGUGGCCGAAAUGGAUUGGACACAUCAGAGCAGACGGAAAUGCAAAAGAACUUAGUAGAUGUUUCCAUUCAAGACAAAGAUAUUUUGACAGGAUACAGUGACUCCACCUGUGCUGGGACAGGUGAUAAUGGUCAAUUUGGACUUAAUAACAUUGAUGCCUUAAGAGUGCCAGGUGAUCUAUCAAUCAUAAGUGGCAGUGAUGGAUCUGCAAAAGGUGGAUAUGCGCUAUCAUUGGGCAACCAAAAAGGUUUACUGGGAAAAGAUCAAAUGUCAAACCUAAAUGAAUCCAUGGCAGGAAGCAAUCAAGGCUUGUUGACUUCUGAUGCAUCUCAGAGACACCAGAGUGGGAGUGCUAGAAGAAGAAAAGGAAAACUUUCUGAAAGUGACAUCAAUGACCAGAACAAAGAGCCAACUCGGCGUUUCAAAAGCGGACUUUCAGAUGUGAGUGCUCAAAAAGGACAGGCCGCUGAACUUUGCUGUGAAACGGCAAAUCAAGAUGCACAAGGCACCUGGUUUAAGAAUGGUUCAAAGAUUACUUCAGGAGAUGGAAUAAUAGCUACUAAGGAGGGAGCAGUACAAAAAUUGACUAUACAAAAUGUCCAGGAAAAAGAUUCAGGGACAUAUACAUUUGAAGCUGAUGGAGGGAAAACUGAAGCUUCUCUGUUUGUUGAAGAUCCUCCAGAGUUUGAUCAGGAUGUGCUUGACCAAUUGGGAAAGAAAAUCACAGUUGUUAGAGCUGGUCAUACUGCAACAGUGAAAGUGCCCUUCUCAGGAAAGUCACCAAUGAAGGUGUCUUGGUUCAAGGAUGGGGAAGAACUGUUUGAAGACAACAGAAUCAGCAUUAACAACAAUAAUAAUUUUACACAAUUAUCAAUCUCCAAGUGCAAUAGAAAGGACAGUGGAGAGAUGACAAUUAAGUUGAAGAAUGAAAGCGGUACAGCAAGUGCAAACGUUAACCUGACUGUCAUCGAUAAACCACAGGCACCUCAGGGGCCUGUAGAAGUUCUAGAAAAAUCUGAAAAUUGUAUUUCAUUUAAGUGGAAGCCACCCAAAGAUGAUGGUGGAAAACCUAUAGAGCACUAUAUAAUUGAAAGACAACAGGUGGGUAAAACUACAUGGACCAAAAUUGGUGAAAUAGACAAGUCAACAACAACAUUCUCUUUUGACAAAGUGGAGCAUGGAAAGAAAUACAAAUUCAAAGUUUGGGCCGAGAACUCAGAAGGCAUAAGUGAAGCAUUGAUAUCGGAUAUAAUCACAGCUGGUAGAAAAGCUGUUCCUGGACCUCCUGAAAAACCAAACAUCCUGAAUGCAAGCAGCAACUCCAUUUCAAUCGCAUGGACUCCACCACGUAACAUUGGCGGCUCCAAAAUAAUUGGGUAUAACAUAGAAAGGCGCAAGAUAGGUAGCAACAUCUGGAGUGCUGUCACUGACACUCCAGUCACAGGUAAGGUGUGGAGUGUUACUGAUGUUGUUGAAGGGCUGGAGUAUGAAUUCCGAGUGAUUGCAGUGAACUCCUCUGGUCCAGGAGAGCCCAGCUGUGAAACUGAAGCAGUGUUUGCUCGUGAGCCCAUGAAGCCACCUGGAACUGUAAGAGGCCUGAGAGUAACAGACUCCACCUACUCAACCAUAUCUCUAGCAUGGACUCCACCAAUUUACCAGGGCAAUGAUGUUCCUAAAGGUUACAUAGUUGAAAUGAAAUCUUCUGGAAGUACAAAUUGGAUUAAAUGUAACACUGCUCCUGUGAGAUUGACUUCAUAUACCGUGAAAGACUUAAAAAAAAUGGGAGUGUAUUAUUUACGCGUGAGAGCUGUCAAUGAUGGUGGAAUGGGAGAACCCAUAGAGUUAGGCAAUUACGUCGUUGCCAUGCCUCCAGCAGUGUGCCCCAAGCUUAUAAUGAAUGCAUCUUUAAAAAGUUUUAUGAUCAUCAAAGAAGGAAAUUCAUUUCGAAUCCAAAUACCAUUUGAAGCAUCACCUCCUCCUGAAGUGAUUUGGCUAAAAGAUGGAUAUCUGCUCUCAGAGCAAGCUACAGUAACCAGUGCCAGUGAUGGCACUCAGCUUAUUAUUCCAGUUUGCCGGAGAUCUGACUCUGGAGUUUAUUCUGUAGUACUGAAGAAUCUUCUUGGACAAGUAUCGUUUAACUUUGAGUUAAGAGUUACAGCUGUUCCCAAACCUCCAGGUCCAGUAACACUGAAUGAAAAUGUCCUUAACACAGUGACAGUUUCUUGGGAACCAUCCAGUGAUGAACCUCUAGAUGAUCAUUUGCAUUAUGUUGUUAUGAAAAGAGAUUCGAGCAGAAUGAAGUGGCACACAGUGGGAGAUGACAUCUUUAACAACAAAUUCACAGUCAUAAAUAUUGUUCCAGGACGUAAAUACUACUUCAGGGUUCUGGCAAAAAAUGAUAUGGGCUAUAGUGAACCUUCUGAUGCACAAGAGCCUUGGUGCAUUUCAAAGCAUAGAGAUCCAUUUACUUUAAAAUUGCCAACCUACAAGGCUCGGAACCAUAUGACAGCCCCUGAAUUCAUUGUGAAUUUAAAGACUCACAUUGCACCCAGCGGAUCAGACAUUAAUAUGAGCUGUGCCGUUAAAGGAUUUCCUCCACCUAAAGUGACCUGGUUCAAAGAUGAUGUAAAUAUCCCGGAUGAUGCAAACUUCUGGUCAACAAAUGUCUACGGAGUUUGUUCCCUUUGCAUUUUUGGCGCAAGCCCAAAAGAAACUGGAGAAUACAUGGCCGUUGCAGAGAAUUCAGUUGGAAGAGCUAUCUCCUCAACCAGAUUACUGGUUAAAGCUACUGAUGGGGAAAAAUGGGAUAAAGUCCGAAAUGGAUAUGAGGACCGCUAG